CCCCCGGGUGAAGGAGCGCUUCUCCUUCCUGACAUGGUGCAGAGCGGAGGCAGGAGAGCAAUGGCGCCGUGACACUCCGUUGCCGCCGCCGCGGGCCGGGCCGGGGCGGGCCAAGGGGGCCGAGCGGCGGAGGCGGGGCGCGCGCUAGAGUCGGGGCCCGGCGGGGCGCGGACCCGGGAGGCCGGGGCUCAGGGGCUGCGAGUGGCUGAUGAGCGCCCGGGAAAAGAACUCGAGGAAGCUGGAACCCCACAGGUCACCAGUCAAGAUGAAGGCGGCAGAUGAGCCUGCCUACCUGACAGUGGGAACGGACGUCAGUGCCAAGUACCGAGGGGCCUUCUGUGAGGCAAAGAUCAAGACGGUGAAAAGGCUGGUCAAAGUCAAGGUACUUCUGAAGCAGGAUAACACAACACAGUUGGUGCAAGAUGACCAAGUAAAGGGCCCUUUAAGAGUUGGCGCUAUUGUGGAAACAAGGACAUCUGAUGGCUCUAUCCAGGAAGCUAUCAUCAGCAAGUUGACAGAUGCUAGUUGGUAUACUGUGGUGUUUGAUGACGGUGAUGAGAGAACUCUGAGGCGGACCUCACUUUGCCUGAAAGGGGAGAGACAUUUUGCCGAGAGCGAGACGCUCGAUCAGCUUCCUUUAACAAACCCAGAGCAUUUUGGAACGCCAGUCAUUGCAAAGAAGACAAACAGAGGGAGGAGGUCCUCACUGCCCAUCACUGAAGAUGAAAAGGAAGAAGAAAGCAGUGGCGAGGAAGAGGAAGACAAGAGGCGUCUCAAUGAUGAGUUUCUAGGAAGAGUUGUAAAUGUGUCACCCACAGCACAGAGCACCGAAUGCUAUCCUGCUUUGGUUGUGUCUCCCAGCUGCAAUGAUGACGUCACAGUGAAAAAGGAUCAGUGUUUAGUUCGAUCAUUUAUUGAUUCUAAAUUUUACUCUGUAGCAAGAAAGGACAUUAAGGAACUAGACCUUCUCAGUCUUCCAGAAUCUGAGCUCUGCACCAAGCCAGGGCUGCGAAGGGCGAGUGUCUUCCUAAAAGCUCGAAUUGUUCCUGAUAAUUGGAAAAUGGACAUCAGUGAAAUCCUUGAGUCUUCCAGCAGUGAUGACGAAGAGUGCCCAGCCGAGGAGCAUGAAGAGGAGAAGGAAAAAGAGGCCAAAAAGGAGGAAGAAGAGCUGCCUGAGGAAGAACUUGAUCCUGAAGAGAGGGACAACUUCCUCCAACAGCUUUAUAAGUUUAUGGAAGACAGAGGUACUCCAAUCAACAAAGCACCUGUGUUGGGCUAUAAAGAUCUCAAUCUCUUCAAACUCUUCAGACUGGUCUAUCAUCAGGGGGGAUGUGACAGUAUUGACAGCGGUGCUGUAUGGAAGCAAAUUUAUAUGGACCUUGGCAUUCCAAUUUUGAAUUCAGCUGCUUCCUACAAUGUAAAAACUGCUUAUAGAAAAUAUCUCUAUGGUUUUGAGGAGUACUGCCGUUCCGCAAAUAUUCAGUUUAGAACUAUUCACCACCAUGAACCAAAAGUAAAAGAGGAAAAAAAAGACUUUGAAGAAUCAAUGGACGAGGCUCUAAAAGUAGCCCAGGAAAUGCCUUUAAUGGAUGUGAAGAGUGAACCCGAGGAGAACAUUGACUCAAACAGUGAAAGCGACAGAGAAGACACAGAACUAAAGUCGCCAAGAGGGAGAAGGAAAAUUGUUCGAGAGGCAAAUUGUAUUAAAAAAGAACUAGAAGAAGAGAAAAUUGAAGACAAAUUGAUCGGAGAUGAUAUAGACAACAAGGAUGCUGAUGACGACGACUAUGACAUAGCGGAGAAGAAGGAAACUGAGCUGCUUCUCGGGAGGAAAACCACACCAAAGCACAAAGAGAAGAAGAUCAAACAGCAGGAGGAUUCCGAGAGAGACUCGGAGGAGGAGGAAGAGAAAAGCCAAGAGAGGGAAGAAACUGAAAGCAGGUGUGACUCGGAAGGGGAGGACGACGAGGAUGACACGGAGCCCUGCCUGACAGGAACCAAAGUGAAGGUCAAGUAUGGACGAGGAAAAACUCAGAAAAUUUAUGAAGCCAGCAUCAAAAGCACCGAGAUGGAUGACGGGGAGGUUUUGUACCUGGUGCAUUAUUAUGGUUGGAAUGUCAGAUAUGAUGAAUGGGUAAAAGCUGACAGGAUAAUCUGGCCGUUGGACAAAGGUGGACCAAAGAAAAAACAAAAGAAGAAAGUUAAGAAUAAAGAAGAUAGCGAAAAGGACGAAAAGAGGGAUGAAGAGAGGCAGAAGUCCAAACGGGGAAGACCGCCUUUAAAAUCUACUUUUUCGUCAAACAUGCCAUACAGUUUAUCUAAGACAUCAAACAGUGAAGGAAAAUCAGACUCGUGCUCAUCUGAUAGUGAGGCAGAAGACCAGCUGGAGAAGAGCUCAGUAAGUGAGGAACUUUCUCCUGAUAUUAAAGAAGAAUUAGAAAAGAGUGAAAAUGUCCAUGAUGAUAAACUAGCCGAAGAAAACCCAAAGACUGUACAUAUAUCAAACGAAAACGACAGGACUCAGGCACAGCCCUCAGAACCCCUGACAGUGGAGGCGGGAGACAGCGAUCAAAUCGUGCACAUUUUUGGAGACAAAGUGGAACAAGCAGAAGAACUUAAGAAGCAGGUGGAGAAGUCUCCUAAAGCAAAGGGAAGGCGCAACAAGACAAAAGACCUUUCUUUAGAACUUAUCAAGAUUUCCCCUUUCAGCCAGGAGGAAGCAGGCAGCGAAGCUCGUGGGGACACUCAUAGCCUGGAGUUUUCUUCACUCGAAUGUAAAAACUUUUCUUCUACUGAAGAUGAUGUCGACCAAUAUGAGAAAGAAAAAAAGUUAAAACGGAAAAUCCUGGGACAACACUCCCCAGAGAAGAAACUAAGACUUGAGAACGGCGUGGAAAUGACAACUGGCUUGUCCCAAGAAAGGUCUGACGACAGCGCCGUAGCCGAGGGCGUGAAAGGCGUGCACGUGGAGCAGCGCUUUGAAGCAGAAGGUGAAGGGAUGCCAUCGCUGAUCGCGGAGCCAGACCAGGGCAUCCAAGAGCCGACUGGUGUGAAGCCAGACAGUCCAGCUGAGGAGCCUGCGCACACGCCGCUCAAAGAGGAGGAGGACGUGAUGCCUCUGAUUGGGCCUGAAACCUUGGUUUGCCACGAGGUAGACUUGGAUGACUUGGAUGAGAAGGAAAAGCCCAGUAUUGAGGACGUGGUAAUAGAAGGCUCUGAGUCUAACUCUCUGGGCUCCGUCCCGCCUGCCCUACCUCCCGUAGCACAGCAGAACUUCUCCGUAGCUUCCCCGCUGACUCUCAGCCAAGACGAGUCCAGAAGUAUAAAGAGCGAGAGUGACAUUACGAUUGAAGUUGAUAGCAUUGCUGAAGAAUCGCAGGAAGGCCUGUGUGAGAGGGAAUCAGCAAACGGAUUUGAAGCCAGCGUCACCUCUGGCGCCUGUGGCAUGAUCGUCCACGAGAGAGAGAGCAGAGAGAAGGGUCAGAAAAGGCCAAGCGAUGCAAACAGUGGGCUAAUGGCAAAAAAGCAAAAGCGAACCCCAAAGCGGACGAGUGCUGCAGCCAAGAGUGAGAAGAACGGAGCAGGACAGAGCAGUGACAGCGAGGACCUUCCUGCCAUGGACAGUUCCAGUAACUGCACACCAGUGAAGCGCCUUAGCCUGCCCAAGCCACAGAAGCUGCCACGCUCUCCCGCAAGAAUCUCACCUCAUAUCAAAGAUGGAGAGAAAGAGAAGCACCGAGAAAAGCAUCCAAAUUCAUCCCCUAGAACAUACAAGUGGAGCUUCCAACUCAAUGAAUUAGAUAAUAUGAACAGUACAGAGAGAAUCUCUUUUCUCCAAGAAAAACUACAGGAAAUCAGAAAAUACUACAUGUCUUUGAAGUCUGAAGUUGCAACCAUCGACAGAAGGAGGAAAAGAUUAAAAAAGAAAGACCGAGAAGUGUCUCAUGCAGGCGCUUCUAUGUCAUCGGCUUCAUCCGACACUGGAAUGAGUCCCUCGUCCUCGUCUCCCCCCCAAAAUGUACUUGCUGUAGAGUGCAGGUGAUGAACAGUUCCCAUCCUCCCAGCAGUCUGUUGCCAUAGACGUCAGUCCCCAAACCCUGAACUCCAACCACAGAGAGCACUCAGCUGGCUAAGUAUCCCCUUCCUGUACAGUGUCCAGGACUGGAUCUAUAUCCUCCUUCCUUCUUUUCAUUGUUGCAAAACAUAAGCUUAUUAAUAAUUGAAGGUUAGGCAGCCUGCCACAAUGGUCAUAAUUUUUCCUCUGUAUUUUUUUUUCCUUAAUUUUUUUUUUGUGUGAUAGAGAAAAAAGGGCACUUAGCAAAAUUGAAUUUGUAUAAUAAAGCUUUCAAGUGUUCUAGGAAUCAUAGACAAGCAAGUGCACAUGGUAAACAUGAGAACAUUAUCUGGCUGAGUAGUUACUGCUGCACUUUCCCUGAGCUGCAUUGAACACUUGCUGAGUAGGGAGUUUAUUCUGUGUUGUUCUUUUAUUAUUAUAAUUAUUAUAAUAAUUAUUAUUAAUGUUGAUUUUUUUUAUUUCAAUUUUUGUGGAAGCACUUGCUAUGUAGAACUGCCAGAGUAUAUGUUCAGCAGUGUGCCCAGGUUUAAAAGAGUAAUUGGGACAAAAUAAAUUGUGAAAGGAAGUGUAGUUGACUGAAAACUGCAGUUGUAAUAAGUCUUCCACUUUUUAUAGGACUUUUGAGCACACAAUUAUGCAAAUAUUUUAAUGUUUAUUAAUGUUUACAGUGGAAUUGUGAAUAAGUUUUCAGUGGACUAUCUUAUCCCUUGACAAAAAUAUUUUGUCUUUUUUCUAUGUAAUUUCAGAGUUUUUAUUUUGUUACAAAAAAUACAAAAAUGAAAUAUAUAACAACAAUGAAGUUAUUUAACAAGAUUUCUAAAGCUGAAAAUUUUGUGUAAAAUAAGGUAUUAUCUUGCAACUUGUUAAAUAUAUUUAUUCAGACAUUGGAUGGUUGUAUUUUUAUGUAUUUUUUAAAAUAUUAAUAAAAUUGAAAAAAAGAACAUUCUAGGUUAAUUCACUCUUUGGAUGGCAAUUGUUGUCAGCUGUCCCUUUUGCAGGGGCUGCGUGUGCAGCCGGGGUGCUGGAGGGGUUCUGUCUCUGCCUUCCCAACAGAGCAGCUGAAAGUGGGCAUCUGGGUCACUCAAGUCUGUCCUGGUUUAGAGACGUUGGCAGUCCUCCUAUUUAAACCGUUUAGAGGAUCACAUUUUUGGUUGCCCUAAAGACGCUUUGUCACAGUUUUUAUGUUCGCUGUACUGCCGAAUAAAUUUAUAUCUCCCAAAGUCGAGAUGCAACAGUUACGUAAAGCCGCUAUGUAUGCCUUGUCUGUGAAUUGUUCCACAGACUGAUACAUUUGUAAAUAAUUCUUCCAAAAUCAUGUAUUUAAAGCAGUUUUGCAUAUACAUUAUGUAAAAAAGGUGAUUUUUUUAAACAAUUUUUAAACUCAUGUUUGUACAUUAAAGGGGUUGUUUUAAAGCCUCCUUUUCUGUGUUUAUAUGCUGUGAUGUGGUAGCCCGAAGGCUGCAGACCCUGAGGGCGGACAGAGGCACAGCACAUGCUACAGCAGAGGAUUACCGAUAUCAUGUUUCUCAACAUCAUCUUGCCACAUUGUGAACCUGUGAUUCAGACUUCUUCCAUUUUCUCAGAGAAUUAAAACAAACAAGUACUCUUGUAAUAUAAACUUUCCUGUCUUUUCUUUGCCAAGCAGUAGUAUCGCAAUGUGAAAUACAAAGGAACCCAGUGGGCGGGACCUAAACACUGGCUUACUACUUGAGUUUCUUUUAUGUGACUUUUUUUCCAAAUGCCAGUAACUUUUGGUUGGAAAACCAGAUUCUACAAAACUAAGCAUUUCAGUACAUUCUUCAAUUUUCAAAAUACUUGUAGUACUUAAUUAGAAAAAUGAGAAAAUUGUCACUCAAAACUAGGAAGCAACAUUAGAUACGUUAGUAAUUUUCUUCAGUAGCAAUUUGGUAAAUCUGAGAUAACUUACUAAUUUGAAUACUGUCCCUCUUAGCUGGUAGAAAUUAGGUACCAAAGUAUUGGUAUGUACCUACAGAAGACAAAUUACGUGUUCACUAAAUAUAGAUAUAGAACUGUCUAUACCACUUUAUUAAGAUGCUAGGAAAAAAUGUGAAAUUGAGUAUUGAUUAAGCAUCACAGUUCAAAUGUUGGGCUUAUUUUUGAGUUUACCUAAACUCUGAGUAAAUGAUUACAUAUUGCAUGUGACUAAGAAAGUAAAAGUAUAAAGAUACUAUAUAAAAAAGGAAUGUACUAUCUAUACAGUCAAGGUAUUCAAACAUUAUAUGGCUUUUUGUAUUGGUAUUCAUUUGUGUUCUUUUACUGUUUAUCCAUUUUGUCAAACUUCCAGUCUUUCGCCUAGAAAGAGAGCACAUUUUAAAAGACUAUUAUGACACCUAUAAAAUUGGGUUAAGUCUUGGAAAUCUAUAUGAAUUUGCUUCUGUCCUUUUUCUUGUAGGUCUUAUGAUUUAACAUACUUGUCAAACAUUCAGUGCUAUAUAUAACAUCAUGCAAAAACUCUUAGCAGAACUGAUUCCUUAGCAAUUUAUGGAAUAUCUUCUAUGUAUCAGACACUACAUCGUGAUGCCAAGACUCAGCCACAUGAGCAACCAAGACAAAAAGGUUCCCGUCUUCAUGGACUAUGUGAGACCAAGUAGGGUAGACAGGAAACAAUUACCCCUUCUAAUUAAAAUAAUGUUUUUCCUCAGCUUCUUGAGGCAAGAUCUCAUGGAGGCCAGUCUGAUUUUAAAAUGUCUGUAGCUGAGGCCAGGUCUGAAUUUCUGAUUCUCUUGCUCCUACCUCUCAAAUGCUGUUAUGAUAAAUAUGCACAUGGGUAAGCCCACUUAAUAUCUUCCCCACUUUCUUCCUUUUUUUUUUUUUUUUAAUUUUGGGUUUUUGUUUUUUUUUUUUUUCUUUUUUUUCGGGGCUGGGGACCGAACCCAGGGCCUUGCGCUUCCUAGGCAAGCGCUCUACCACUGAGCUAAAUCCCCAACCCCCUAAAUUUUGGGUUUUGAGAUGGGGUCUCCCUCUAGCCUAAGCUAGUCUAGAACUUACUACAUAGCCCAGGAUGGCCUCCAGACUCCACCCAUCCCACUACAUGCUAGGUCUACAGGUAAGGUAAGUAUAUGAAGUCAUAGUUGCCAAGACAGCCUAUUGUGCACAGCAACUAGUGAGACUGGGAUAGCCUGGGAAGGCUUUGAAGAGAAAAUGUCAGUUAAACUGGUUCCAGUGAGGCAGGUGGAUAGGCUGGGGACUUGGAAAAGUGAUGCCGAUAUCGUGGUGUUGUGAGCAGGUGAGAGGGGAGGAGGCAUGAGGAGAGCUGGGUCAGGCUCUCACGAGCUGCUCUUGCCUCGUGCUUCUCACCUUGCUUCUUGUCCCUGAUGCACUGGCUGGCUGCCCUAACACUUUGCCAGGAAGCUUUUGCUGACUUUCGAGCCCACAAAACAUCACCCUCUUGCACAUCUGAUAGCUUUGUAGUCUCUUCUGUUUCACCUCACAGCUCACUGUGUAUAAUUAUAUGCAUAUGUAUGUAUGUAAAGGAGUCGCUUCCUUCAGUGUUCCUUGGUCAUAGGUGUACCUCUCAGUCCUAGCCCAGCCUCUAACACAGAAUAGUCCAAGUUGCUAAUUAAGUCAAGUCGAAGAAAACAAAUUUACUCAUUUACUGUAAAAUAAUUACUGAUUUUUAUACAGUAACCCAGACAUGUAAGAUCUUGAGGACUCUUUUUUAACAUAUCAACUCUGUGGCAUGGAUGAAACUAGUCUUGCUUCAUUACCUAAUAGCCAAUUAACAUGUCCCCUGUGAGUCUCUCCCUGGUUGUCCUUCCUUCCCUGUCAUUUCCAUGUGGCUGUGUAACAAGGUUUACUUCAUUCCAGGAGGACAACACAUAAUCCCCUGUGUCUCAGGGUUGAACAGCUCCGAUGGAGUACCCGCUGGUAAGAAAUUCCCAACAGAUACAUGCUUUGUGCUUUAGCACAGUACAGUUUGUUCUGACGUUUAGCUCCCGAGGCAGGGCCUUCUGUGUAGUUCCAGGCUGGCCUUAAAUUCAAAAUAAUCCUCUUGAGCUUGGGGACUCCCAAGUAUAUACCCUCUGCUCUGUCCUUUAGCCUUUUUUCUCUUCAAAUUUUAAUAAUAUUUUCGAUGAUGACAAGCAUCUUACCCACAGAGAACCACUAUGCAUCUUUUAAAACAAUUAAGGACAAUAUUUGUAAUUUUGAUAUUUGUAGUUGACAGAAUUAUGAAGCUAUGCUCAUUUUGUACUUUGUGUCUUGCAAAAUUCAUUUUGAAAAGCUUUGUUGUGAAGCUUAAGGACCUUUAUGUAUAUAAUAAAUGAAUGUAUGUAUAUAUAACACACACACACACACACACACACACACACAUACACACACACACACACACACACACGAAUAUGUCUAGAAGAGUGGCCCUGGAGCUUGCGUGCUGGUGGUGGAUGGGGGUGGAGUCUGUGGUCUUGGCUGCCGCAUGGGGCAAUGUUGAUGUCCUAGGGUUGGGGAGAACUGGGUCCCCCUCACAGGCUGCCCACCCCAGGUGUGGGGAAGCUGGCAGGCUGACCAAUUCAUCUCCCACCCAGGCCCAGAUCCAGAUCUACUCCAUCUGUGCACUGCUGGAGCAUGUAGAGGGGCCAGUCCUGCAGAUCCGAAGCUGCAGGAUCUCUGUGACACAGGGCUACAACAGGAUGUCCCAGAGGAGUCCCAGUGAGGAUCCUGUAUUGCUAGUGUAGCAGAAGCCAGAGGCCUCGUACCAGACCAAUAGCUCAUUGCGAUGGACACUUUCAAGUAAAUCUGUUUGGGCAAAAAGGGGACACCGUGGGACACACUGCAGCUUCUACUGCAAGAUUGUUUUUUUUAUCAUUUUUUAAAUUUUCUUUUGAUUUUUUAUAUUUUGUUUUCCUUUGAGGGGGGAGGUUGUAAGGGCAGAUAUGGAGGGGCAAGGAAAUGAGUGGGCAUGAGGUACAUGAUGUGACAUUCACAAAAAAUCAUUUAAAAAAAUUAAAAAUCACUGCCUAGAUCUUUGGGAAUGUAAAUGAACACGAUAAACUUGUAGUCAGAUGACUCGAGAACUAGAGUAGUGGUUCCCAACCUUCCUGAUGCUUUAACCCUUUAGUACAGUUCCUCACAUCGUGGUGACCUCCAACCACAAAAUUAUGUCUAUUGUUACUUCAUAAUUAAUUUUGUUACUGCCAUCAAUCAUAAUGUAAAUAUUUUGUAUUUUCCAAUGCUACCCACAGGCUGAGGACCACUGAACUAGAGGAAGACACAAAUUACCAAUCAGGAUGGGAAGAGGCGGCACGCUGUGCAUGGUGGGUAUUAUCACUGAUCUCGGCUUCAGUAGCCAUUUCAGGUUGUGUAUGAUGUCAGAGCUUAUCUGGUUGUAUACUAUAAAUAUAUGCAAUUUAUUGUGUAUCAGCCACUUUCUUAGAACUGUUUAAGGAUCAGUUACUCAGUGGAGAACCAUGCUUUGGUUGAGUAGUGACAGUCACAAAAUUACAAUUACAAUGUAACAAUGAAAAUAAUUUUAAGGUUGCAGGUAUUAAAGGCUUGCAGCAUUAGGAGAGCUGAUACAAUCUUACUUUGAAAAGGUCCAGAGCUGCAUAGGGAUUACGCUCACCAGCAGUGGUGUCUACAUCUGAGAUAAAUCUCCAUGUCUACCACAGAGACUUGCCUGAAUUUUUUUUGACUAUUUUCUUCAUGAUCUGUGGUAGUUUUGACUUGAUUGGCGCUGUUUAUAUCUCGUUUCUUUGGUAGUUGUCCCUCGUUUUUCUGCCACGGUUCCCUUUCCACUUGAACAUUAUCUCCGGCCCCAGUCCUCUCUCUCACACUAGAGGCUCACCCUGUGAGUCAGUGAAAGUGAAGAACUACAGUAUACUUUAGGCAGGCUUUUGGUGGCGGAGGUUCCAGUCAGCCUUAACGCAAGCACCGUUUGGAGCUAGCUACAGCACUCAGUCAGAAGCCAUUCCCCAGGAGCUGGGGAAGUAGCUGGGUAAGGUAAAGUGCUUUGCUGUGCAAACGUCUGGAACCACCAGGUUCACUAGGCCCCUCCGUGCAGCCGUAAUCAACAAGAGCUGAGACGCCCACAGACAAAAGGAAGCUGAGCUGCAAGGAAGACCCUGAGACCAGGCCUCAUGCCUGAAAGUUCAGACCAACUGAGUCAUCUGAAGGGCUGCCCCCACCUGCUGAGCUGCCUGCAGUCUGUGCACUGUGCUCCAGGUCCCCAGCUUUGUGAGCUGUCACCCAUGCUGAGGUGGGCCUUGGUGAUGAUACAGAUGUCUCUGGGUCAUUCCUGCUCCUUUAACCCUUCACCCCUACUCCUGUAACUCCAUUAAAACUCAUUGGUUCACCAAGUUGGAUUUUGGUGGUGUCUGUACUUUGGUCAGUUGUAGGAUUUCUACCCGAGGUGAAGAAAUGUGUGUGUUGUCUCCUCAGGAAAAAUGUUGCCACCCAGUGGUCCCAGAUACAUCAGACCAUGAUAUUGUCCUGUAUUUACAGCCACUUUUUUUUUUUUUAUAAUAAACUUUGCACCUGGAAGACUUAAGUUAUCAUAGGAAGAACACCCAGUACUCACGAAAGCAGUGUGUAACUUUCACUGCGUCUAGUCUAAGACCAAGGGCCGGGGCUGCUUUUCAAUCUUACUGGUACUCAGUGCAGAUAAGGUGCCUUGCUGUGACAAUAAUGGUAGUUCACAGUGAGUACAGUUGAAUAAUCCACAGCAAAAAUUAUUUAAGGACUUUUUUUUUUUUUUUUUGGUUCUUUUUUUUCGGAGCGCUUCCUAGGUAAGCGCUCUACCACUGAGCUAAAUCCCCAGCCCUAUUUAAGGACUUUUGAAUGGAGGCAGGAGUGUGGAGACUUUCAGGCCACCCACCAUGAGCUACAUGGACACUGUUGAAAAUGAAAAGGGGCCUGGAAGAGAUAGCUCAGUGGUUCAGUGCAUUCGUUACUCUUGUAGAGGACAAGGAUUUACCAGUGUCCGCAUGGUGGUUCAUGGUUGUCAGUAACUCCAGUUCUAGAGGGUCAGACACCCUCCUGACCUCUGCAGGCAUUGAGCAUGUCCAUGGCACACAUAUGUACAGGCAAACACCCGUACAUGUAAGUUAAAAACAGAAACAAAUUUAAACUGGGUACUAUGUCACACACCUUUUAGCACCUUAUGGCACCAGAGGAGGCAGAGGCUAAGCCAGCCUGGUCUACAGAGUGAGUUCCAGGACAGCCACUGCUAGAGAGAAACCCUGUCUCUGAAAACCAACAAAAUUUAGCUUUUUACUGUCUUUAUCCGGGUUAUGAUCCUGACAAAGUCUGUCUAUUCUUUUGUUAUGUUUGCCGAAUAAAGCAACCAUAAAGGGAAAAAUGCACCAGCAAAAAUGACAACUUUGCUUUUCUCUUGUAUUAUUACUCCUUCAGAAUCUUUUCCCUCUCCUGAGUUAUGGUGGGUGGGGAACUUGGAUUUCCUGUGCUCCGGGACCCAGAAGAACAGGCGGGCUAGCUCAGCUAAUGUGGGCCAAGGGAAACCCAGGCGACCCAAGGACGCCGCAUGCUCCGGCCACAGGAAUGAUCUUGUUUGGCUGGAGAAGGUUCAGAAUUCUGGCUCCUGAGGUCCUGGGUUCGGAACUCCGGGUUUCUCACGCGUGGUCGGCCCGCGCCCAACGCUCGCUGGGCAGCCCGAUGCCCAGCGUCCGCCUUAGCGUCGGGCUCCUGGCGGCCUUGGCAGCGGGCGGCGCCGUCGCCCUGCUCUGCUACUGCGUCUACCUGGACCGGAGGCGGCACCGAGACCCCGCAUUCCGCCGCUGUCUGCGGGACC